AUGCCGCUCGUGGUGCUGUGCGGGCGGCGGGCCAGCGGCAAGAGCCGGCGGGCGGCCGAGCUGCGGGAGGCGCUGGGCGGCCCGGAGCGGCCGGCGCACAUCGUGGCCGAGGCGGAGGGCGGCCGGGCGGCGCUGCGGGCCGAGGUGGAGCGGCGGCUGAGCCGGCGGGACGUGGUGAUCGUGGACGCGGGCAACGAGCUGCGGAGCAUCCGCUACGAGCUGUACUGCGCGGCGCGGCAGGCGGGCACGGCGCGCUGCGUGCUGCACUGCGCCGGCGGCGCGGGCGGCCCCGACGAGCCGCCCUUCGAGGAGCCCGAGCCGAGCUGCCGCUGGGACCGGCCGCUGUUCGCGGUGCGCGGGGACGAGGCGCUGCCGCUGGGCGCCAUCCGCGCCGCGCUGUUCGAGAGCGCCCCGCCGCCGCCGCACCGCGCCACCCGCACGCAGCCGCUGCAGUCCUGCGGCUUCCUGCACCAGCUGGACCGCGUCACCCAGGACGUGCUGGCCGCCGUGCUGGCCGCGCAGAGGAGCGGGGCUCAGCCCGGAGAGACCAUCCGCGUCCCCGGCGUGGCCGAGGGGCUGGUGCUGAGCCGGCCCGUGAGCGUGGCCGAGCUGAGCCGCCUGCGGAGGCAGUUCAUCACCUACACCAAGAUGCAGCCCAGCGAUGAAAACCUGCCCCAGCUGGCCAGCAUGUUCCUGCAGUACCUGAGCCGCAGCAUCCAGUGAAGUGUCGCAUGUGGCACCCAGCAGUGGCGGUGGUCCGGCCCCGAAAUUCUCGCAGCGGGAAGAAUGUGCCUUCAGGGCAGAGCCUGCAGAGCCGGGUCCCGCUGCCGCUGCCGGGGAUCGGAGCGCUUGGCAGCAGCAGCUCUGGGGAGAUGGGGCCGUGUCCCUGCAGCAGCGAGCCAGCAUUGCUGGGGGAUCUCUAGGGAAGCAGUUCCUCAGCUCUGUGUUCUCCUCACUGGCAUUCUGCAAAAAGGACAGCUGCUGCUGCAUCCCUAAGCAAGUGAAGUCUCCUGUGGAGAUGCAAACCUCAGUAAUCAAAUAGUGUGGCGUGAUAGUGCAAAAGGUGAUGACUGUAGGGAAAACUUUUUCCCCCACAUUGGCAUGUGUAUGCUUGGAAUAAGAAGAUUGUUUUUCCAGAGCUUCCUCCAGAUAAUAUCAAACUACAGAAGAGACUUCAGGUCCAGAAGUGGAACAGGCUGUAUUUUUAGGAUGUGACUGUUUCAAAAAAUCUGACUGAGCCCAAGAGAUUUUCAGCUCUGCUCUGCCAAAGGGUGCUGGCUUAACAAACUCAAACUUCCCUGUUCCAGUGGUUUGCCUCUUAUGGUUAUCAUCCACAAGUCCUGGUGUGGAGCUUGCAAAGCUUUAAAGCCAAAGUUUGCUGAAUCCAAGGAGA